AAAUCUAGCAGGUAUCGUUUUAUUUAACUAUGUCGUUUUAAUGUUACCGAGUCCAGACCUAGCUAGUUCUCUCCAAAAGCCAUCCCCUUGAGGAAGCCAGCAAUUACAAGCGCCGGCCACCGCCACUAUCACCAGUUGCUCUUCUUCUCUCGCAAAGUUCAGCUUCAGCUGGGGAAGAACAUAAGUGUGGAAAAUGCCUCUUUAUGAUUGCAUGCUUCUAUUGAAGCCUCAUGUGAGGAAGGAACAAUUGAUCGAGUUGGUAGCUCGAGUAGGAAAACACGUUUAUAGUAGAAAUGGUGUUGUUACUGAAAUAAAAUCAUUUGGCUCUGUUCAAUUGGGUUAUGGUAUUAAGAAGCUUGAUGGAAGAUAUUAUCAGGGCCAAUUAAUGCAGAUGACAAUGAUGGCCACACCCAACAUCAACAAGGAGCUGCAUUACCUAAACAAGGAAGAUCGCCUAUUGCGGUGGCUUCUAGUUAAACACCGGGAUACAAAAUUUGGGUUUCAGUUUCUGGGUGAUGAUGAUAUUAGAGGCGACCUCAGCAAAUUUUCACGAAUUAGCUUGUCUGAUGAUGACACCAGCGGGGACUACGAAGACGAAGAUGACGACGACGAUGAUGAUGAAUAUAUUGACACUGGUGAUGUUGGUGAACGUAGUAUGGAAAUAGAGAAUCAGACAGAAAAAUGAGUAAAUAAUGGAAUUCAAAAUGCCGAGUCCUUUCUAUUUUAGGAUUUGUGUCUUAUUAGGAUUUCCAGAUACAUGCUCUGUUUAAGCCUUACAGUGUAGUAGUGAAAACCAUAAUUGAAUCAGAGAGAAAGGUGUCAUUAGAUUGCUUGAUUUUAUUCGUAGCCAUACAUUUGAGGAACUAACUGAAAGCUUUACUCAUAAUAUAUUUGAAUAACAAUGUUUUGAAGGCCACAUGUUGAUGCUAA